AAGAGAUGGGUGACUGGAGUUUCUUGGGGAACAUUUUAGAAGAAGUGAAUGAGCACUCCACAGUCAUCGGAAGAGUCUGGCUCACGGUGCUCUUCAUUUUUCGAAUCCUGAUUCUGGGAACAGCUGCCGAAUUUGUCUGGGGAGAUGAACAGUCAGACUUUGUAUGCAACACCCAGCAGCCUGGUUGUGAGAAUGUCUGCUACGAUGAGGCCUUCCCUAUCUCCCACAUCCGGCUCUGGGUCCUGCAGAUCAUCUUUGUCUCUACCCCUUCACUGGUGUACGUGGGGUAUGCUGUGCAUCAUGUGCGGAUGAUGGAGAAGAAGAGAGAGAGGGAGCGGGCAGAAAGGCAACAGCAAGCUGAGAUGGAUGAAGAGAGGCUACCCCUGGCUCCAGACCAAGAGAGCACCAGGAACACCAAUGAAAUCAAUCCCAAAGGGGGCAAGAAGUUCCGACUGGAGGGAACACUCCUGGGAACCUACAUUUGUCACAUCAUUUUCAAAGCCAUUUUCGAGGUGGGGUUCAUAGUGGGCCAGUACUUCUUGUAUGGCUUCCGAAUUCUGCCCCUGUACCGCUGUGGCCGGUGGCCCUGCCCCAACCUUGUGGACUGCUUUGUAUCCAGGCCCACUGAGAAGACAGUCUUCAUUAUGUUUAUGCUGGCUGUGGCCUCAGUAUCCCUCAUCCUCAACCUUGUGGAGAUCAGUUACUUGAUCUUGAAAAGGAUCCGCCUGGUUUUCAGGAGGCCAUCAGAAGAACAACUGAGGGAGAUCCCAGAGAAGCCCCUCCACUCCAUUGCAGUCUCUUCUAUUCAGAAGGUCAAGGGCUACAAGCUGCUGGAGGAGGAGAAGCCAGUGUCCCACUAUUUACCUCUGACGGAAGUGGGGGUAGAAGCUGGUCCCCCUCCAUCUUCUUUCAAAGACUUGGAUGAGAAGCUUGGUAUGGGGCCCUUGGAAGACCUAUCCAGGGCCUUUGAUGAGAGGUUGCCAUCCUAUUCUCAAGCAGAAGAGCAGAAAGAGGAGAAGGUAGAAGCAGGGGAAGAGGAGCAGGAGCAAGAAGAAGAGGAGGAGCAGCAGGAACCAGAAGAAGAGCUGGAGACAGAGAAGGUGGUAGAGGAGCAGGAGCCACCAGGAGAGGAACUGCCUUCAGUGCCUACUGAACUGACAGCUGAUACGAGACCUCCCAGCAGGCUAAGCAAAGCCAGCAGCCGGGCCAGGUCAGAUGAUUUGACUGUAUAAGGGUGUGGGGAGCAACUACACACACACAAAAAAUCACAGAUGUUUUUAAACAAAGUGCU